UCGGAGUGUUGGGGAGGGUUCGUGUGGUAGACUCGGUCCAGCUGUGGUGGUAGUCAUGGCGACCCCAGGCUACACAGAGGACCUCCCCCAGCCCAAUGCUGUCACCAUAGCAACACAAUCAGCCACGGCCUCCCCCUCAACGCCAACUCAGUUCAGCCAAUCAGUUUCCGUCUCCACGACCGUACAAAACACACUUCCUGCUCAAGCCACGCCCACCAAGGCUCAAAACCCGAAGACGGUGGUUCUGGCCACGCCUUCUCAGACUCAGUACGUCACCGCGGAGAUCCAGAGUUCCAGCGGUCAGCAGAGUAACAGACCGAGUUCCACGCCGCAGUACAUCGUAGUGACCGUUACAGAUGGUUCUCUCCGUCCUAGUAACAGUGUUUCUGAGUCCAGUCCCCCAGCAGCCGGGGUUCAGACGGGGAUCCCAACACAGGUAGUACAGGAGACCACUCAACAGCAUGUGUAUUCUAGUCAGGUAGUCCAGUAUGUGGAGGGAGAAGACUCAGCCUAUACAACCAGUUCAACCACUCGUUCCGGAAGCUAUCCGUUCUCUGACUCCCCCCUGUACUCCCAGACCCCACCCUCGUCCUCCUCCUCCUACUACGAAGCCACGACCACCUCGGGGUCACAGGUCACCCCCGUGACCUCACAGUCCGUCUCCGUCACCACAGCGACUGGAGGAGGGGGGAGUGGUUACGUCCUCCAGAGCGGGUACAUCCUGGGCGGCGGGGGCAACGGAGGGGGAGGUUACUCCAGUCACAACACCAGAGCUGCCCCAGCCACGGUGCAGUGGCUGUGUGAUAACUACGAGGGGGCUGAGGGUGUGAGUCUGCCCCGCUGCACCCUCUACUGCCACUACCUGCUCCACUGCCAGGACCUCAAGUUGGAGCCUGUCAACGCCGCCUCCUUCGGCAAACUCAUCAGAUCUGUCUUCAUGGGCCUGAGGACGAGGCGCCUCGGCACGCGGGGAAACUCUAAGUACCACUACUACGGUCUACGUAUCAAGGCCACCUCCUCCCUGCUCCGCCUGAUGGAGGACCAGCAGCACCUGGCCAUGAGGCAACAGCCCCUCUCCCACAAGCACCGGAUAAAGCCGGUUCAGAAGGUCGAGGGCAUGACCAAUGGGAUUUCCCUAGGGUCGGGACAUCAGCAGGGGGCGGGGCUCAAUGACAUCUCAGCCCAGGUGCAGCAGUACCAGCAGUUUCUGGACGCAUCGCGGGCGCUCCCGGAGUUUCCAGAGAUAAAUCUGCAAGACAGAAUUCUUCCAGACGGAAUCGUUCCAGAACACAUCACUGCCUUCCAGCAGCUCUACAGAGAACACUGUGAGGCCAUUCUGGAUGUCAUGGUGAACCUACAGUUGACCCUGGUGGAGACUCUGUGGAGAACCUUCUGGAGGUUUAGUGAGAACAACGCGGCUGACACGCUCAGCAUUCACGGAGAGUCCGAGGACCGUCUUCCUAAGUGGUGUCUGGUGGUGCUGUGUAAGUAUGAGCCGGUCCUCCACUGGACCAGAGGCUGUGACAACACGCUGUACCAGGCCCUGGUGGAGAUCCUCAUACCCGACGUACUACGACCCAUCCCCAGUGUUUUAACUCAAGCCAUCCGUAACUUUGCCAAGAGUCUAGAAAGCUGGCUGACCGGUGCCAUGAUGAACAUACCAGAGGAGAUGGUCCGCAUCAAGGUGGUGUGUGCGGGGUCGUUUGCCCAGACGCUGCGGCGCUACACCAGUCUGAACCACCUGGCCCAGGCAGCCCGGGCCGUGCUCCAAAACACCGCCCAGAUCAACCAGAUGCUGAGCGACCUGAACCGGGUCGAUUUCAACAACGUUCAGGAGCAGGCGUCCUGGGUGUGUCGUUGCGAGGACGCUGUGGUCCAGAGGUUGGAGCAGGACUUCAAACAGACGUUGCAGCAGCACAACUCCCUGGAGCAGUGGGCCUCCUGGCUGGACGCCGUGGUCUCCCAGGUCCUGAAGCCCUACCACCACAGCCCUGACGCCUUCCCCAAGGCCGCCAAGCUCUUCCUGCUCAGGUGGUCCUUCUACAGUUCCAUGGUGAUCAGGGACCUGACCCUACGAAGUGCGGCCAGCUUCGGGUCCUUCCACCUCAUCCGUCUGCUGUAUGAUGAGUACAUGUAUUACCUGGUGGAACACAGGGUGGCCCAGGCCAAGGGGGAGACGCCCAUCGCUGUUAUGGGAGAGUUUGCCAGUGUCGGAAGGUGUCACAACUCGUCGGAUCCUGAUAAAGAUGAGGAAGAGGAUGACGACGAGGAGAGUGACGAGGAGUGCGGGGAGAUGACCAUGCCGUCCAACUCCGCUGGCCUCGGAGAGGGGGAGGAGUCACUGGAACCGCCUGUCAAACUGACCAGGACUGACCCCCAAGGACUGUUCAAUACCACACAGUGAUUUACACACAAACACACACACACACAAUCACAACACUCAUUCAUGUUCAUGUGUGAUUCCAUGACGUUCCUCAUCUGUUCCUGUAACAUCGCACCUUGGAGUGUGUGUGUGUGUGUGUGUGUGUGUGAGCAGUAGAGAUUUGACAGCAUGCCACUCUGCCUUCUCAUCUCCUCUAGUUGCCAUGGUUCCUCGUGGUUCCUCCUAGGUCUCAUUUGACUCUAAACUGGACCUUGUUGACCGGUUCUGUCGAUAUUCAAUGGCGCACACAUUUCCCGGGUCGGUGUCUUGCUGUGGUCGCCGUUGCACUCGUCGGCAGUCUUGAAGCUGGACUGUCACCGGCCCGGGUUUAGGUUCAGAGGUCAUUUCCAGUUGGGCAGACACGCUACAUUUAGAAACAUGUCUGGUAACAUGACGUCCUGAGGGGCGCUCAGUCAGCAGCCGUCUGUCUUUGUACCUUGGACUGAAUGCCGUCUUGUGUGUUCCUGUCAACCUCCAUGUCUGAACCUCCCUGUCCUCCUCACCCUCCUCUCCACUCACUGCCAGGAAAUAGACACAGACACAGGUCUGGGACCAGACUAAGUUUCCUCAUCCAGACACUGAGACAUGCAGACGUGUGGGGUUGUCUGUGGCAUCUGACAACUUUCACUGACCCCUAACCUGCCACUGCUCACUACCACGUUCCAGAUGGCUCCCUCUUCCUUAAAAUGUGGUUUUAAGGGAAACCACUGUAUACAGUAAGAACCAGGAGACCAUUUGAUCCAAAGCAGUGCACUGUAUACAGUAAGAACCAGGAGACCAUUUGAUCCAAAGCAGUGCACUGUAUACAGUAAGAACCAGGAGUCUAUUUGAUCCAAAGCAGUGCACUGUAUACAGUAAGAACCAGGAGACCAUUUGAUCCAAAGCAGUGCACUGUAUACAGGCAAUGGGGCUCUGGGUUUGAGUGUGUGAAUAUGUGAAUGAGCCUCUGCUGUGUGACUGUCUGAUCAUUGUAUUGGUAGGUAUUGAUUAAGUGAUUGAGUUGGUGUAUCACACGCCUGUAGGUUAGAGGAUGGUUAUGCACAUUGCAGCGUUCGGAAAAGGGCACGUAUGUGUGCAUUUAUUGUAUCUUGACCAAUCAGAUGAAAAAAUAUAAGUAAAUGUCUGAUGUGAUUGGUCGAAUCGCCAAAUAUUGUGGAGUGGAAGUUUGGGUUGACUGUGUAAAAACAGCCUAUGCUUUUUUCUUUUCUUACUCUGCUGCCAAAACUAGUGUGGUAAAAAAAAAAUGUUGGGGAGUUAUUUGGCCAACUAAGAGAUUAUCUGUGCCUUUAAGAGUUAUACAGAGCUUUGGCUGUUCCAAAUGGCACUCUGUUUUCUAUGUAGAUAUGGUCAAAAGUAGUGUACUGUGUAUAGGCUGCCAUUUGGAACACAUCCUAUAUUUUCAAUAUCAGCUCUAUAAAUGGAUUAAAGUGUUUCUAAACAUGACAACGUGCUUGGUUGCUCAGUCUUUGACCAGUGUUGUAUAGCGUCAUGAGAGAGGAAAAGAGACAUGACAUCCAUCCCGCAACCAUUUUCAUCCAUCCAUAUGAAAACGCACACACCCGCACGCACACACACACACCCGCACGCCACGGUGAACGUGAUAUCCCACCAGCUGUGAACAAACCUUCACGGAGACAGCACUGCUUUGCGAUUGGGCCAGAGGGAGAAGGUCAAAGCGCACGACAACCCGUCACGAUUGGAGAGGACACAGCAGACGCGCAUGCACACCUGUAUCCAUGGCAACCCUCACUGCCAGCUCGUCGGUCAACCGGAUUAGGUUCCAGCGGCUACCGCUACGGGCGCCCGUAAUAGACCCUAUAGCCAUAGAUAAUUGUAAUUGACCGGUUCACGUAUGGUAGAUAUCGUGUCACUCUAGUGAACUUUCACUAUCGUGUAUUUAUUGUACUCCAACCAUUGUGGCCUUAUUUGAACAGUACGUGUAGCACAUUUUGAUGUCCAGAAUAUUAAGAUAGCUACUGUAUUACUAAUGUACAAUCAGAAAUAGCAGCGAUGUAGAGUGUUUAAAAACCUUUGUAUUCAAUAAUUGUGAUCAGUUUUGUAGUUUUACUAUCAACAGUAUUACGUGAUACCAGCCCACCUUUAGCCAUUAAGUGGAACGGAUGAAAACAUUAAAUAGUUUCUACCCGG